GGAGAGACGCCGCGGCCAAUGGGAAGGCGAAGCCCCCUCUCCAAAGGGUUGACGGGCAGCCAAUCGGAGUCGUGCGGAGCGGAUCCCACACGCUCCAUUCAAGAAUCUCAAGUAUUCAAGAUGGACGGAAGGGAAUGCGGUGAAGAGAAGCGGGAGCUGCUUUUAGUGCCUGCUACUUUCAUGCUCGGGAAACGGGGGAGGCCCCAAAGUUUUAACCUCCGCCACUGAGGGAGGCGAGAGCCGAGGAGAAGCCAGAGAGCUGCUGAAAGGGUACUGCUUCCUGGUUUGCUGCUGAAACAUCAAGCCAGUGUCAUAAGAAGCUCUUGUGUGAACAUGCCUCUUGCCUGAGCACAACAUUGGGCCUUCAGGAAUGCAUCUGAGGUGUUUAUAACAGAUCUACCCAAACAUCCUGCUGCAGUCCCGUGGUGAUAUUUAUAGCAUCCAUAGAACCAAAAGACCAGGCCAAGUGAUGCUUCAGGCCACAAGGUUGAAGUCAAAAGUACACAGGAAAAUAUGGAGUUGAGCCCAGAGUUUUGGAUGUAACUGUUUUCUUAGUGACUAAACAACUGAGAUGCCAUAUUUGCACUAGACCCAAGGCUGUUUCCAUCUGUGAACUGACUUAUGACGACUGAGAGGAAUAAUCAAAGGCCAUGAUAUGCCAUUUCCUGUCAAAAAAAGAUGAUAACAAAUUAUUCAUGGUCAUGAGGGUAAAAGACGUCAGAAUUAGCAUCAUACAAUAAUGCCAUGGGAUCAAGAAUUGAGAGUGAUCACAGCUGAUUCAUACCCCAGCCCUGGAAAACGGACACUUCUUAGAUGUAAGGACACCUUACACCUACCCCAAUUUACCAGUUCCUGGCAGAUAAUCCGUGCUGAUUUAUGAACAUAUAUAUGCCUUUAGCAUGUUGAGGAAAGGUGCAAGGGAAACAAAAUGGCAGAUGAAGCUGGGGAUGAAAACAAAUUGUUGGCCAAGUUUGAGCUGGAGAGGGAAACGGAGCUCCGCUUUGAGGUUGAAGCCUCACAAACUGUUCAACUGGAGCUUAUGAAAGGCAUGGCUGAGAUCUUUGGAACUGAGCUGACACGCAACAAGAAGUUCACCUUCGAUGCUGGUGCUAAAGUGGCUGUCUUCACAUGGCAUGGUUGUUCGGUGCAGCUGACUGGCCGGACUGAGGUGGCUUAUGUCUCCAAAGACACCCCUAUGCUUCUGUACCUCAACACACAUACUGCACUGGAGCAGAUGCGGUGGCAGGCAGAACGUGAAGAUGAACGGGGACCUCGGGUUAUGGUGGUGGGCCCCACAGAUGUAGGCAAGUCAACUGUUUGCCGCUUGCUGCUGAAUUAUGCUGUUCGCUUAGGGCGCCGACCCACUUUUGUUGAACUGGAUGUAGGCCAGGGCUCAAUCUCUAUUCCGGGCACUAUGGGGGCACUCUACAUUGAACGGCCUGCAGAUGUUGAAGAAGGCUUCUCAGUUCAGGCCCCCCUGGUCUAUCACUUUGGGUCCACCACUCCUGGAACAAACAUCAAACUCUAUAACAAGAUCACAUCUCGCUUGGCUGAUGUCUUUAACCAGCGCUGCGAAGUGAACCGCCGUGCUUCAGUCAGUGGCUGUGUCAUCAAUACCUGUGGCUGGGUGAAGGGGUCUGGGUACCAGGCACUGGUACAUGCUGCCUCAGCCUUUGAGGUUGAUGUUGUUAUAGUGUUGGACCAAGAGCGCCUCUACAAUGAACUGAAGCGAGACUUGCCCCACUUUGUUCGGACAGUGCUACUUCCCAAGUCAGGUGGAGUGGUUGAGCGCUCCAAGGACUUCCGGCGGGAGUUUCGUGAUGAACGCAUACGUGAAUAUUUCUAUGGCUUUCGAGGAUGCUUCUACCCACAUGCCUUUGAUGUCAAAUUCUCUGAUGUCAAGAUAUAUAAGGUGGGAGCCCCCACCAUCCCUGACUCAUGUCUGCCUCUGGGCAUGUCACAAGAAGAUAACCAGCUCAAGCUGGUACCAGUUACACCUGGCCGUGACAUGGUGCACCACCUGCUAAGUGUUAGUACUGCUGAUGGCACUGAUGAGAAUAUCUCUGAGACUAGUGUAGCUGGUUUCAUUGUAGUCACUGGGGUGGAUCUGGAGCGCCAGGUCUUCACAGUACUAUCUCCAGCACCUCGCCCAUUGCCAAAGAACUUCCUACUCAUCAUGGACAUUCGUUUCAUGGAUCUCAAGUAGAAGCAGCACUGGCAGGAGUUUGAUAGACUACAGCGGGCUACUCUUUGCUCCCUCAUAAAGAAAACCAACAAUACCUUGAGUUAGAAUAGCCUUGCUUCACACAGUGGGGAAGGGAGAAAGGAAUUGCAAGAUGGGAUGAACAGUUUGAACCAUUUGAUUAGUUGGAUUCCCUCAGCCUUUAAACCUUUAUUUUCUGAAUAAAAUAACAGAAGAUAAAGCUGGGAAGAUUCAGGGAUUUUGACUUAUGAACAGCUAUAAUAGAGGAAACUGUUGCCUGCUAUCCAGUUAGUUGGUUUGCAUUUUGCCUUAAGUCUGCUCUGAAGUCUCAGGCUCUGAAAAUGAGACCCUUUCCCACACUGUCAUUGUCUUAUCUGGAAAUGACCAUCUUGUACAGGGCAAACUUUUUAUCUGAUAUUUUUAACUUCAAUAAAUUCCUAAAAUUUCUGUGUUUUAAA